AUGGCCAAUAUCGCAUCGAGCGAAUUGUUCAAGAUGAGAAUACCGUCGCCAGACCCUGGUCUGACCGGCGAAGCCCUGACCAAGGCGGUUCCCGACGACCUUAGCCGCAAGGGUACAGUCUACGCAGAUCAAUACCUGGCCGACAAAUGCCCGCCCGAGUUCGAUGAACUCCAACGCAGGCAGUUCUUCUGUAUCCUCGAUUUGCGGCGGCUCAAGCAUGCAGCCAACGCCAUCUUUGCGAAAAAGGAAUGGAAGCUGAACAUUAUGAACUUCGCCAAGGAGUACGAAAAGAGCAGGGGCUUGAUCAUGCUGCGCUACGGUCUGUACGAGUUCAAGAACGUGAAGCCAUCCGCGGAGUUGCUGAAGAGAUGGCGAGCUGCGCAUGGUCUACCAGAACCGGACCCCGAACCUCAGACGACGACCCCAAAGCCCGAUGGUGUUGGCUCAGCCACUGCAGGUACAGGGUCUACGAAGCGCAAGGCCGACGACGAUCUACAGCCCAAAGAUAACACCUUGAUGGCUUCUACCGCCAACCAGAAUAAGAAACGUAACGUGGAGCAGUCUUCGGCCUUUGACAUGCCCAGAUUCGCCCCUACUCCGAUGAAAAGUAAGCGCAAGGCGGAUGAGGCCGAGAAGCCCGAUGAAAACCAACGCAGCAAAUUGCAAAAGCCCACAUCCUCGGCUGCUAAGUCCAAGCUUGAGAGUAUCAUCGAUAAUGUGCAAUCUGGCAGCUCGGCGUCGUCAGGAUCACCACUCAAGCGCACACUAUUUGGUGCCAACUCUGCUGCUUCAAUAUCAACCCAAACACCACUUUUCGGCUUUGGCUCCACACCAGCUACAGGUUCGGCGAAUAUCUUCAGUUAUCUGUCCGAGAGUUCUGCCAACAACAGCGGUAAUGAGAAUGGCGAUGCUGAUGCCGAGACUGAUGACGAAUCUGGUCAUGCGUCGGAACCGGAGAUUGGAAGCCAGGAUGUUGCACCUAGUUAUGAGCCAAGUGCCGCAGCCAGCACGGGAACCAGCACACCUCCCACUCAAGGAGCACCUGGUCUGUUUGCCCCCGGCAAGACCAACAAUACCGAUAGCAUAUCCAGCGCCGCAUCCAAACCGCCAGAAAGUGCAACAAAGGGUGGUCUGUUUGACCGUGUAUCUAUGGGAUCGGACGGUCAGCCUCUACGAGCAACGCCACCCGCCGAAGAACCUCGAGAUCCCGCGCCAGCUGAGCAGAACAAAUCUGUAUUCGGUGGACAACCUAAUGGAUCUUUCACCACGCCGGGUUUCAGUUUCACAUCUGCCACUCCGCCGCAGAAUACACCAAACACUUUUGUAUCGAAGCCCGCAGGCGUCUUCGGCAAUCUCUUGCAAGCAGGCACGUCUACUGGAGCCAGCUCGCCAUUCCCAGCGCCUUCUAGUAUGAAUACUACGCCGGUCAAUGGCACACCCGAACCCCAAACCCAGCAAGGCUAUGACGAUGAAGCACCGCAAGAGCAAAUUUCCCUAAUCAAUGGCGGUCCCGGUGAGGAAGAUGAGACCAUCCUGCACGAAGUGCGCGCCAAAGCCAUUGUGUACAAAGCCGUCAAACCCGACGAGGAUGAUGCUGAUAAGAAGUCGCCCUGGCGCACUCAAGGCAUAGGCCCGCUCCGUGUUCUCAAAAAUAAGACGACGGGCACAGUGCGCAUUUUGCUGCGUGCCGAGCCUAGAGGACACAUUGCGUUGAACAAGACGAUUCUGUCGGAUUACACUUACAAGGCAGACGCCAAGACGUUGAAAAUAACUGCGGCUAGCGAUGACGGGAACUCGCUCGAGACGUGGCUACUGCAAGUCAAAAGGCCCGAGAUGGCGGCCGAGUUGGCUGGGGUCUUGGAGGCGAACAAGGCUGCGAACAAGAAGUAG